AUGGGGAUGGGGUCGCCCCAGUCCAGCCUCAACGCCGCCGGCACCUCCUCCAUGGCCGUCCUGCGCGAGUCCCACGUAUCCGCCUUCCUCUGCACGCUCAUCGUCGCGCUCGGCCCCAUCCAGUUCGGCUUCACCGGCAGCUACUCCUCCCCGACGCAGGCCAGCAUCAGGAUCCUGGCGACCUGCGCGGCGGCGGCGCCCGCGCCCGCAGCGGCCUGCGUGGCGGCGGCGCCCGCUCCCCGGCGGCCUGCCUCUCCUCUUCUGCUGCGACGGUGGUUGUGCGGGGCGUCGUUGAGGAGAGAAGAAGAUGAGGUCGAAGAGGUGACGGUAAGGGAGGUGAAGGCAGCGCCGUCUCAUGCUCACGCCGAGCCUGGCCCGUGA